AUGGAAAAGCCUUUGCUUUUGUAUGUAUUUUUAUUCUACUGGCAUUUCCUAAAUGCUUUAUUCACGGUUGAAGCUCCCCAGUCACUCUACAUUGUGGAACAUGGGAACAAUGUGACCAUGGAAUGCACAUUUCCAGUGAAUGGGAAAUUAAAGUUUACAGAUUUAAGCGUCAGCUGGGAAAAGAAAGAUGAGUUAAAGAAGCAGGUUUAUGUACUUCUCAAAGGAGAGGAAGACGUCAAAAGUCAGCACAGUGACUUUAGGGGAAGAAUAAAAUUGUUGAAAGAGAAUCUGAACUUUGGACAGUCUCUCCUUCAGAUCACUGAUGUGAAGCUCAGAGAUGCAGGGUUUUACCUCUGUGUUAUUGGCUACGGGGGAGCUGACUACAAGACAAUUAGUCUGAAAGUUAAGGCUCCUUAUAGAACUAUAACCCAAGGAAUUGUGAGUACAGGAGACAAUGAAUGGAAGCUGACAUGUCAGUCAGAAGGAUACCCACAAGCUGAAGUGAUAUGGCAAAACAGAGAAUAUGAAGAUUUGACUGAUAAGGCAAGCACAAGUUACGAAACUGGAAGUGACCAGCUCUAUCGUGUGACAAGUACCCUUACAAUCAAAAGUAGGAUUGAUGAGAUGUUUUACUGUAUAUUCUGGAAUAAAGAGCUGCAAGAAAAUACAUCUGCCAUUUUACACAUAGCAGAUUCAGCUGAUGGUGUUCUGUGGACUGAGAGCAGACGCUUUGUUGGAGCAAUACUCAUUGUGACUGCUUUCUUUGGAUCAGUGCUUCUAUUUGUGCUCUGCAUAAGAAAAGCUAGAGCAAAUAAGGACAACAGAACAGCUGUGGCUAAUUCAUCAAUAGCAAAGCUGCCAAAAGAUAAGGAUACAUGUGACUGCCGAGAUGCUUCUUCUGAAGACAAAGAGCUGAAAUAUAUGCAAAUUGAGGAGACCUAG